AUCGCACGUAGUCGCUGCUACACAGAGUGCGUCACGUAGGUUCGCCGCUGGGCUCCGCGCGCGGUUACAUCGUAGGAUGCAGACUAGCCGCCGCCGACACCGCUAUGUGGCGACGAUGCAUGCGUCAGCAGCUGUCACUCACUGCGUAUCAUGUUCACUGGCAUCGUCAUCACGUGAUUACCUCAUCGUUGCGAAAGGAUGCGAAUUAACGAUGUUCGAAGUAGCCUCAGGGGGACUAACCCAGAAGUCCCAUUCGCAAGUUUACGGCCGUAUUGCCGCCAUCGUUGCAUUCGAGAAUCUGCAGAGAUCAAGCGACAUGCUACUUGUCCUGGUGGAACAACGCGUGUUCUACAUUUUGGCCCUGGGUGCAGACGAAAAAUUGCUAUCGAUAUCAAGGGCCGAUUUGACAAUCUCGGGUCGCUCUGUGCUUAUGUCGCCCAGAGCAGUUGUUGAUUCGAAGAGCCGCUGUAUCGCGUUUGGCGUGUACGACAAUUUCCUUCAAUUUGCGGCAAUCGAUACAGCGGGCUAUUCAGAAAUUGCAUUCGAAGAAUGCUCUCAUCUAACACAUGUCUCUGAUCUUGCUUUCCUGGAUGAGCAAAAAGACUUUCCUGUCCUUGCUGUGCUGGGUGAUGACAGUGACAAGAGGAAACUAAUUUUGACGUUUCUUAUAUCUGAUCGACAUUACUGGCCGAAACACGCGGCCAGGUCCAUGGCGGCUUCAGGUUGAACCAGACAUGUGCUGGUGUGUAGCACCGAAGCUACCUGUUGGUGGACUGCUCGUUAUGGGCGGUCGAGAAAUAAGUAUUCUAGGAAUGGCAGACCACGCUAGAGGAUUCCGUCGAAUUGCGGUUGCUGCUGCCAAAAUCACCGUCGUCGCACCAGUGCCAGGCACCUGCAACUGGGUUGCCGUUGAUGAACGUGAAUUUGUCCUUCGAGCUGCUGCGCCAAUACACGAGGCGUCGAGUCCAAGCUUGAAGAUUUAGGUCUACAGCCUAGAGCUCGGUCGGCACAGAUGUAGGCUUCGGGUUCUUGGUCGCGCAAGUACAGUCGCAUCAUGUGUCGCAGCCUUGCGUAGUGGCUACUUGUUUGUUGGAUCUGCAAUGGGCCACUCAGUUCUGACGCAGCUCAUAGUGGGCCUGAAUGAUGAGCAUUCAGAUCGCCUUGAGACUUUGGAUGCACUUCCAAAUCAUGGUCCAGUUGUUGUUGCUUUUCCGAGACGGAAUCAAUAUUGUUUCACACAUUGAAUGGGCUCAAACAUUACAUCUAUCCAGACUGCAAUAGGCAAUGUGCGUUGUAGAGCCUGCUGACGCAGAAGGCCAGGGCCGUAUCGUUGCUUGUUGUGGCGCUGGAGAUGCUGGAACUCUUCACAUUGUUCAUGAUGGCCUCGAUGUCACUGGCACAGCGUCAAGGAGUCCUACUCGUAUCACAAAUCUGUCGUUGAUUUUGUCUUCACGCGGUGAAAUGGUUAUCGUCUCUACGGAAGCUGCGACCCACGCCUUUCUAGUUGCCAACGAUGGCUCCACUACUGCUUUCCCGAGCAACCCGCAGGGCUUUGAUGAGACUAUCAGCACAAUUUACUGUUGCAAUCUCGGCGAUGCUGCGGUGCAAGUGACACCUAGGGCCAUAUCUAAAUUCUAUACGGGAGAAAAUCGCCGUAAAUUGAAGACAUGGCGGCCCAAAGAUGGUCGAAUCACUGCAGCGACUGGAAACAACGGCGCGGUUAUUCUUAUUUCACUCUCAAAUGGCAAAUUAGUGCUCCUAGAUUGUGAUGUGGAACCGAUCGCAUCAGCAGCACUUGAUGAUGAGGCAAGUUGUGUUGCACUCAGUCCUAGUGGCUCUGCUUCAUUUAAAGACUUGGGUAUGGCGCAUGCAACAGCAGUCUCAGUGUGGUCUGAUCCAGUAUCGUGCGUGUCUGUGUAUGAUUCGAUUUUGAAUAAAAUCCACGAUCCUACAAUCACAUGGCAAGACAAGUCUUCGAACGAACAGACGCUUCAAUUUGUUCGAGCUCUCGUUCUCUCAGAAAUAAACGAAAAGCCAUAUCUGUUUUGCGCAUCAGGUGAUGGUCUAGUCACAGUAUAUCAAUUUGCAUGCGGUAAUGAUGUGGUUACCACUACUAGAUUAAGAGCUGUGUCCUUGGGUGUCUUACCUGCACGAGUGCUCAUCCUAGGAGCUUUUGACCGCAUGGCAAGAUCGGUGCUGUGUUUCUCAGAUCGAGCGUGUGUCGUUCGCAGGGGCUGUGCAUCUCACCUGCAAUGGGUCGUUGCAUCUGCCAAAGCCUUUGGAGAAACCACUGAGUGGCGCUACUAUAUUGUUGUUCCUCUCCACAAGAAAGCCACGACCGCUAUCCUAGCGUGCGGGAGUCAGUUUGCCAUUUGCAAAAUUGAUGCCAAUCAAGGCAUUAAAGUUGUUUCUGUUCCCCUUGCGGAACAGCCGCUGUGUAUAUGCCAUGACCUCCAAUCCCACCUUUUUGCCGUCUGUACGAUAGAUCACCGCGAAGGUGACAACCAAGGGGUCAUUCGCUUUCUUCGGGAUGAGGCACCAUACAACGAUGUGCAUCGGGAAGCUCUUGAACCGCUCGAGAUUCCUCUCUGCUGCUCUAUCAUUUCUCUCGACUCUAUUAGUACUUAUAAAGACCAACGCGCUCACUUCGUCGUGGGGACAGCAUUUGCGGCCCAGGAAAAUGAUUUCGAACCAUGCUCUGGUCGUAUGAUAAUCUUCAGGAGCGGUCAGGCUAAUGUUGCUCCUUCUGUCUUGUUCUUCGUAGAGGCAAAUGGAGCAGUAUAUGACGUCGCUGCUAUGCGUGCAAGUCUCCUCGUUUGUGCUGUGAAUCACGCAAUACAUAUUUACGAUCCCGUUGUCAGAGAUAAUAGAAGAGGGCAUCUCAAGCCCAGGGCUUCAUAUGAUGGUCUUGUUGUUGCGUUGAAAGUACAAUGUUAUGGCAACCUUAUUGUAGUUGGUGAUAUGAUGCGUUCAGUGACCUUGUUGAACCUUAUACGACAGAAAAUGAUAAUCGUUGAGGUUGCAUGUGAUUACAACACCAAUUGGGUGUGUGCUUUGGAGGUGAUUGGUGAUGGCUCAUUUAUAAUUGCUGAUGCUAGUGGAAGUCUUGUUGCGCUGGAAAGCUUGUAUGGUAAUUCUGACAAAGGCUAUUUUCUUGAAUCUCGAGCUAAAAUGCACCUUGGUGACGUAGUCACCUGUUUUGCACGUGGGUCAAUAAUGACUCAAGACGAUUGGCGUAACCCAAAAGUGUCGAAAGUAGCCACGCCAUUAAUUUUCGGAUGCGUAACUUCUUCCAGGGUCCUCGUACUGACUCCCUUGAUAGCUCGUUAUCAGGUGUCUGGCGCAAUCGGUUGCAUCGUUUCUAUUGACGAUGUGACACAUAGCUUGCUCGAGCGCCUUAGCAAAGUCCUCCUUGAAUUUCACUCCGGUGUUGGUGAUUUUGAUCACGAAACUUUUCAGGCUCUGCAUAAUAAUGUUGCUACUUGUAAUGCCGCACCAAUGGACGAUUUCAUUGAUGCUAACGGACAUGAUCAGCGAGCUGAGGCACUUACACUAGUUCACGAGUAGCGCACCUGCGUGCAGAGGCCGGAAGCUCAAUAAAUGCGAACGGCAAAUUCGGCGCUGUCGCACGGGGGUGUUGACAACUGGUUUGGGGGGGCAGGGGGCAUUGAAAAUCCGGGAUUUUGCCGUCGUCGAGCCGAGCUCCGAGACUGCGCCUGUCACGAGGAGCCCGCUUACGAACGCAGCGUUGGAACUCGAAAACGACUCUCGGUUCGUCCGGAACCGUCCGGAGUGGGCGAAGGUGUGGUACGAGAGCGCCGCUUUUUUCUCCGGCGGAACGCGCGUCGGGGGGUCGGACGCGUGGGGCAUUUCGAGGAUUUUCUGGUUACACCCCCAGUUGCACAUGCUUCCGUUUAUUGGCGAUAUUAAGUUCGGCCCGCGACCGCGACCGCGUUUCGCCGGGGCGCCUCGUACCCGCGACCGCGUUUUGCCCGCGCGGGGGAGGAAUCGGGACUUUGCGAGGUCGCAACUCCGCGGGAUCUGUUAGAAUCCGAGUAUGCUAGUAUGAAGCACCAGCAUAGUAUAGCAUGAGCAUAGCCAGUCUAAGGCAGACUUAGCAUAGCC